CUUUAAAUUGAACUAUUUUCGUUUAUUUUUUAAAAUCACCUAAAUAUAGUGCUAUAUUGGACCGAUCCAAAAAUGAAUAGCAAUUAAAGCACCACCUACCGUAUAUUAGCGAGACGUAGAAAGUAUUGAUUUUGAGAAUCUUCUUAUCAGUGCUCGCAAUAUGUGAGCAUAACAAAACCAGCCGUCGUAUACAUCACAAUCCUACAAACCUUUUUGCUUAUAAGAUGCGAAAUUAGUGCCAGAUAAACAUAUUUGAAGACAGAAGCAUACCCCACGGCUGAAAACCUCCCAACCCCCAACCCUACAUUUUUGUUGAAACCUGGUGAGAAAAUUCAUCUGCAAAUUGUACACACACACGCACCCGUUUUUAUCCGGAUUUUUGACGCACGUGUGUCUGUCACAAAAUCCAGCCCCAAGAACAAAAUCAGCAAGAACCAAUCAAAUACCUUUAAACUACAUCUUUCAACAGCGUCAGCAACAUAGGGCUCGCCGAGACUGCCGUACUGGACAUUAUGGCUGCUAACCUACAACAGCAGCGCAUCAUUAACGAACAGCUGCGACGCGAGGCGAAUAUACCGCGCAUACAGGUGUCACAGGCAUGUCAGCUGAUGAUGAAAUACAUGCUGGAGCAUGAAAGUGAGGAUUGCCUGCUAAAUGGAUUCUCCAGCCAAAAAGUGAAUCCAUUUCGCGAAAAGAGCUCAUGUAGUAUUUUGUAAGUAUUUUUCUUGCCUUGAGUAGGCAAAACAUGGUUUCAAUUUUUAUUUUGUUUUCCUAAAGUGUUUAAAAUAGCUUAAAACAAAGAACUUGUUCCAACAGUGCCAACUAUUUAUUAUUUUAUUUAUAUACACAUAUGUACAUGUAUACUUAAAACAUGAUUUUAUUUAUAAUUAAAUUGAUUUAAUUGCAACCAUUGCCAAACUCUAAAAUCUAAAUGAAAGCAAAAGUCUCAUAAGCAACCUCAAUUACCUAGGAGCUGUCUAAGUAGAAUGUGUAGAAGCGAUAAAUCGCAAAGCCAUAAAUGUUUAUCUUGUAUACACCCACUAAGAGAACAAAUAAAAUAAAGGAAAAAAUAAACAAAAUAAAAAA